GCAAAACGUGGGCCACCGGCCAUUUCCUAACUGCAGAUAUCCCGACAGCCAACGCGCCGCCACUCUUCCCACCACUCACCGCCACUGCUCCUGCCCAUCAUCCCAUGGCCGCGCCCGUGCCGCCCUCCCCGGCGAGCCCCGCCGCGCGCCCGGCGACGCCCCUCCUCCCGACCAUGGCGGACAUCAUGGCGACGUCGCGCGCGCAGGGCCUGCGCGUGCGCCUAAGCACGGUGGGGCCCUUCUUCCGCGUCACGGCGGCCACCCGCGGCAGCGAAGGGGAGGAGGCCGUGGAGCUGGGCCGUGCCGAGGGCGCCGUCCGGCCGUGGCCCAGCGGCGCCGUGCUGCACCUCGACUCCAUGCGAAUGACGCGCGCCACGCUGGAGGUAGCCGACCGGCCCCUGUUCGGGCUGGGGAUUUUCCUAGGCGCCGUCGCUAUCCGCCAUGGCUACGACGCCGGGUGCGCGCGCGCCGAGCUGCUCGCCAUUAACGACACGCCGCUCUACCACGACAAGCUCGUUAGAUUCUAUACAAGGAUGGGUUUCAAAGCAGUGCACGAGGUAGAUGGAUCGUCGAUCGCUGAUCUUGCUCACAUGUUAGUCUGGGGUGGUAGGGGCACAAGAAUGGAUGCUGAUAUCGAAGAGCUUCUUAUUAAGUGGGCGAAAAGAUUCAGAUCUCAUGACUAAAGACUGAUAAGUUUUGUUUAUAAUGAGAUAUGCAUUCUUUGCAGCAUGCAAAUCUAGAUUGGACAAAAUAUAAGAGAUGGGAAAUUCUGAGGUUCUGCUGUUUAUUUCACCUGGCUUGACACCCUGAUCACUGCUAGGAGUAUAUACUGAUUGUAUCGCGAAGCUCGCAAGGAGAGCAUGGUUGAAGCAUCCCAAGUUCCUAUAGGAAUUAAGGUAAAAGCUGUGUAAAUGAGCUCCAAACAAGUAAAUUUCAAAGCAUGACGAUGGUGAUACCUGAUACUCUUUUAAUUUAUAAGAAAGCAGUUCCAUUGUUA